AGGGUUAGUAACUGACUUCAACGCCGAUUUACUACAGAGUUAGCAAGAUAUUUAACUCCUUUUAGAGGAAAACAGUUAUAAUAGUUGGAGCAGACUUAAAUCACGUUUGGUGUUAGGUUAGACUCAUCUGCUGUCCAUCAUGGGGGUGACGCUCUCUAGGGCAAUUCAGUGGAGCUCUGAUGGGGAUAAACUAGAGAACAGCCAUCUGAAUAAUGACAUCUUAACUGAAAUCCUGCUCUUCACUGAGGAGUUUAGUAACAGACACCCGGCGGAGGCCAGACUUACAUUCAUUGAGCCGCUACAAUGGAAGACAUCUCUAGAAGUAUCUGAUUUCACAUCAGAUAUAUACGACAUCAGAGAAGAAUCAGUUAUGUCCCAGGAACGUGAUGAUAAUGGAUGUCCCCUUCUUCUUCUGAAUCCACCUGACAUCACAGUGCACUCAUUCUACCACCUCUCUAACAUUCUGCAACUAAAUAAAGAUAAAAAUCCAAGGGAGGUUCAGACCUGUUUAGAGGCUAACAAGGAGAUAUUGAAGAAGAACUUUGGGUCCAGCAUGCCUUCAAUAAAUGAAGAUAAUUUAUUUAAUAUCUUGUUUCAGCUAGAUGAGAAGCUGUUAGACAUUGCUGUCAAACCGAUUAACAGAGAGGGCAGGCUAAGCCCAGCAGCUGUUAAUACGGAGGUAGACCUGUUGAAGACAUUCUGUGGAACAGGAGAAAUCCAUUUGCUGAAGUCUGUGCGCUACACAUCAGAUUAUGUGUUCUCCAAUGGUUGUCGCUCUCCUCCCUGGAGGCAGAUGGAUGGAGAGAUCUGCUCCCUCAUAAUUGAGACCUGUGACACAGAGCCCAUGCUGUUCAUCACUUGCAAUACUAAUGGAGUUUUCCUGGAUGAGGGACUCAAAGGAGGAGGAGGUGAAAAGUCCCAUAAGGCUGUGGAGUCCUAUAAUAGUCCUAUAAUAACUGAAGUCUUCAAAGACAUUGUCACGCUGCUGAAAAACAAGUCUCCCCACUUUGCUGAGGGUGCUGAUAAAGAGGACUUUGCCAUUCAAGAUGUGCCAUCAGCUAAAAAGAUCCUACAUGUGGAAACUGUUGAUGCCGAGAAAACAGGCCAAACCCUGAAGCCUUACGACAGUGAGGAAAAGAAUGCGCUCGAGAAGGCAAGACAACAACCUGUGCGGAACAAGCCGGGCAAUAGGAAGAAGAAAUUAGAACCAUCUUUGAAAUGGAAGAACCUCGGGCUCACGUCUCCUUAUGAUGAUGGCGAAGUGAAACCCAGAAAGAUCAGAGAAAGCAAGAAGAUCUUUGAAUACAGCACAAAGUCGCUCGCAUCCGAGAGCAAAAAAAAGGCUAAUAUUUCUGGAUCAUCUCUACCAGGCCUUCAGUCCUCUCAAAAAAUUAAAACCCCAGGAGGAGUUGAGGACUUCAGCGAGAGUUCAUCAGAGGAUGAGGAAGACGAAGAGCAGCAUGAGAGACGUGCUGAAACCGCUACCGACCUGCCCUCUGAAUACUGGCAGAUCCAGAAACUAGUCAAAUACUUAAAGGGGGCUAAUCAGACAGCCACGGUGAUUGUUCUGUGCUCUUUGAGAGACUUUAACCUGGUCCAGGAUACGUGUCAGCUGGCCAUCAGAGACGUCGGUGGGCUGGAGGUUCUCAUCAACCUGCUGGACACUGAUGAGAUCAGAUGUAAAAUUGGUUCUCUGAAGAUCUUAAAGGAGAUCAGUUGCAACUCCCAGAUCCGGCGGACCAUCGCUAACCUAGGUGGUUUGCAGACCAUGGUAUCCAUCCUUGACUCUCCUGACAAAGAACUGAAAUUUCUGGCUGCAGAAACCAUCGCCAACGUGGCCAAAUUCAGACGCGCCCGCAGGAUGGUCCGACAGCACGGUGGCAUCCAGAGACUGGUGGAGUUGUUGGACUGUGUGCCUGCGGGAGAGUCUCUGAGUCUGGAGCAGCAGAGAGAUGUGGAGGUGGCUCGCUGUGGGGCUCUGGCUCUCUGGAGCUGCAGCAAGAGCACCUGGAACAAAGAAGCCAUCCGGAGGGCCGGGGGAAUCCCUAUGCUCGGCCGGUUGCUCAAAUCACCACAGAAGAACAUGCUCAUCCCUGUGGUGGGGACAUUGCAGGAGUGCGCCUCUGAGAAGAGCUACAGAAUUGCUAUACAGACCGAGGGCAUGAUUGAAGAUCUGGUGAAGAACCUCAGCUGUGACAACCAGGAGCUCCAAAUGCACUGUGCCAGCGCUAUCUUUAAGUGUGCAGAAGAUAAACAUACCCGUGAUCUGGUGCGGCAGUACGAUGGACUGAAGCCACUGGUCACGUUGCUCAACGAAGCUGAAAACAAACAGUUACUGGCCGCCACAACUGGAGCCAUCUGGAAAUGUUCCAUCAGCAUGGAAAAUGUAGCUAAGUUUCAGGAGUAUAAGGUAGUGGAGAUCCUGGUCCGUUUGCUCACAAACCAACCCGAAGAGGUACUUGUCAAUGUAGUGGGCGCUCUAGGAGAAUGUGGCCAGAUAUCGGAGAAUCUUGCCACCAUUCGCAGGAGCAGUGGUAUCCAGCCAUUGGUCAAUCUACUCACCGGCACCAACCAGGCACUUCUGGUAAAUGUCACAAAGGCCGUCGGCGCCUGUGCCACUGACCCCGAGAACAUGACAAUCAUUGAUCGUCUUGAUGGGGUACGUCUUCUUUGGUCAUUGCUAAAGAACCCUAAUCCAGAGGUUCAGGCCAGUGCUGCCUGGGCCAUCUGCCCCUGCAUUGAGAAUGCAAAGGAUGCUGGGGAAAUGGUUCGUUCCUUUGUGGGUGGUUUGGAGCUCAUUGUUAAUUUGCUAAAAUCACAGAAUAAAGACGUGCUGGCCAGUGUGUGUGCAGCGAUUGCCAAAAUCGCCAAAGAUGUGGAGAACCUGGCAGUUAUUACAGACCAUGGUGUUGUUCCCAUGCUGGCAAGUCUUACCAACACUGAGGAGGACAAGUUAAGGCGAUACCUAGCGGAAGCUAUCGCCUGCUGCUGUACAUGGGGAAGUAAUUGUGUGUCCUUUGGGGAGGCUGGAGCUGUAGCCCCUCUGGUACGAUAUCUUCACUCAAAAGACCCAUUGGUGCACCAAGCGACAGCACGAGCCCUGUUUGAGCUAUCUAAAGACCCCAACAACUGCAUCACCAUGCAUGAAAAUGGAGUAGUCAAGCUCCUGCUCGUCAUGAUCGGAUCCACGGAUGAGAUUCUGCAGGAGGCGGCAGCCAGCUGUGUGGCCAACAUUCGACGCCUGGCUCUAGCCAAUGACAAGGCUAAAUAUGGGUAAAAAGAGUGACCACAAGAAACACAGAUAGAUACACAGUAUAUCUUCCUCUCAAUCUAAACCACCACGCUGCAACAAAUGAGCUAAUAUACCCCCUGAGUACCCACUCAAUGAGUAUACAGUAAAUUGAACGGAUGUGUUUAUUUAUAAUUUACUUAAUCUCUCUAAUAAUAGGAAGCAUUUAGCCAAAGCUAAACAUGUUAUUAAUUAAUUCUUUGGAGUCUACAUAAACUUCGCUCGCCCUUGUUUCAGCCUUUUCCCUCAAUUUCCUCAUCACAGCAUCUAAUUUGGCAAUAACAAUAAACUCUUUCUUCUCCUAUGUGUGUCCAUGCCAAAUGUUCCACAGUUUGUGUUCUCUGAAGUGGUUUAGAGCAUGAAUACAACACAUUCAUGAAUGUAGCAGGUACUGAUGUCUGCAUGUCCUAAUAACAAGCGCAUCUUUUGUUUUAAAAAGUU